CUCCCAGUCCAACUGUCAAACACAAUACAAACACAAACUCAGCUGUGUUUAUUUGAUGCGGUAUUUACUACUAUUAUAUUUAUAAAUGAAACCUUAACGUUUACUGAGUGCCAUGUAAUAAAAUAAUAGAAACGUGUAAACGAGAGGCUGUAAACAUCACCAUGAAUUACCGUCUAACACAGUUAAUUUUGGUUGCAGCUUUUCUCUGCGUUUUGGUUACGGGGCAAGCCUAUGAAGACAAACGAUGCAAAUGUGUGUGUCCAAGUCCAGCGGCUGUCCUAAACGGUACAGGAAGUACAGACCGCAAACUCUAUAUUGCCAAUGUACCUCCAAAUAAAUGCAAUUGUGAUGGCGUGAUCCUGCCCCGAGUAGGCGAUGAAAUCAAAGGCAGAGAACAGGAGUUCUGCCCGCGCUGUGACUGCAAGUACGAGAGCCGAAAUACUACCGUCAUUAAGGUGGUGGUGAUCCUGGUGAUCUGGAUGGUGAUGCUGCUGCUGGUCUACAUGGGGUUCCUUUUGUGCCUCGACCCGCUCAUGCACAAGCGGCGGCCUAGGUCCUACCAGGAGGUCGGCACGGAAGAGUCACGAAACCUGCUUCUACAGGGUGAGGAAAAUGAAGACUGACAGCUUUAAGCUGAACUAUGACGGAAAAAUCUUAAAAUGACUUGAUAUUUUACGAAACACAGCCCUGACAAUGUAAUAUUGGUAUCCACAGUAGCUACUUAGGAACUAAAUAUACUUACAAAUACAUAAUGAAUAUGAUAACUUACGCAUUUCACAUACUUAAAUUAAACUAGUAAUAAGCAGCAGGCCUAUGAUUUAGAUAAGCUCUCUCGGCAACAUUUUUGUACCUGUUGUGAAACAUAAUGUUUGCAAAUGAAUUUGUGGUCUGACAAUAAAUUAUUAUAUUAGUUACUUAUACACAAGUACGUGAUAGGUACAUGUAUUUUCUUAAACUGUAUUCAACGCAGUACUAGACGUGGGUCGUUAUUUCAUUUUCGCAAAACGUAACGAAUCCAGUGAAUUCGAAGAAUUGCAUUAAAAAAAACUUCUGUAAACUUAUCCACUCAUCACUUUGUCUAGUCAAUAUUGAUUGUCAGUACCUAGAUCUCAUGAUUUUUAAGAUGAGGAACUUAUAACUAACAGAAAGUUCUCACCUACAAUAAAUAUAAUAGGUAACCAUUGUAAUGAUCGAUCCACAUCAGUUCCACUCUCGACUCCUGAAUCACCUGUAUAGUGACGUGAAAUAACGCUCAUGUCACGCCUUUACAGUACCUAAGAUUCCGUACAUUGUCAGGACCAAGAAAGUUAAAGGAAUAAGGCAAGUAUGUAUGAUGAUAUAUAAGCUGUCCGAUACCUAUUUUAUAGGAUCUGCGUAGUUUGGGGUCGGAUGGUCGAGUGUGAGAUGUCCCCACAUAUUAUUAUUGUUUGUUUAUUGGUAUUCAUCGUGAUUAUGAUAAUAUUUAUCUGAAAUGUAAGACAAUAAAUUAUGUAGACCCGAACAUAUAUAUUUUACAUUUACUUGAUGUUGUUAUAAGUAAGUAAAUAUAAUAUACCUACGCAUUUAAUGUUUGAAAGGGGAUGGGAGUCUUAGAACAAAAGCUGUCCAGAAUGACACAAAGUCAUCCCCUUUCAGCUAAAGCUGAGUACAGAGCGGCCAAACGAACGCCAACGAACGGGUUUCGUUGACCUUCGUUGCUGCAAUCUGCCCUGUAUUAUGUAUGAUAAAUAUCCAUAGUUUGGCGUUCGUUGGGCCAGUCUGUAGGCAGCUUAACUACUUAUCUACUUUUGAAACACCGCGUAUCUGGGGGCACGGCAGGGCUCCUGCCAAGUCUCGAACAAAACGAGCAAAACCGUACCAUCUUCUCUCGAAUAGAUAUUUGUUAAAAUGUUUGAACGAUUUUGGGUACGCUCCUAAUACUUUAUCUUGUCCAAACAAAACAUAAAACACAGCAUUGCAUUUAUUCAAAAAUGUUUUUUUUAUAGACUCGACUGUAUGUUUCGCAUUGCUUUUUGCUACUUAGAACAUAAUUUAAUAAACAUUCAAAUUAACCUAUCUAUAUCAAAAACUUUACAGUUCAGACACACAUAUAUA